UUAUGUUGCCUGAACCUGCCCAAUAACUUCCUAUAGGAAAUAAAUUAAUGUCUGCUACGACGAAAAGUGACAUAUUUUUUUAAUUUUGUUAGUGAAAUGUCAGAAUUUAAAGUCAUAAAUAGCUACGGCGUGCUACAAAUAUAGCAAAAACAAAAUCUUUAGAACUCGGUUCCAUUCGAAUUUAUUUAUUUUAGAACUUUGUUGAGAAAUUGUUCGUAAAAAUACGGAAACCUCUGAGCUCUUACAAAUAUAAAUUUCUCAAUUGAAAUCCAACCACCUUAGCUCAUAUCAAACAGUUCGUAUUUGCAUAGCAAUUUUGUAUAAAUUUAAAAACAUUAAUUAUUAAUUUUGUUGCAUAAAAACAAGUAUUGGUUGAUUCAUUAAUUAAAUUUCAGUAAGAAACUUAAAUCAAGAAAAAUUAUUGUUCAUGGUGCUAAAUACCAAAUGUGUAAAAACAAACAAAAUAAAAGAACAUCAUUUGUUGGCCGUUUCGAGAAUGGUUUGAGUUCAGCUAGCCUACUGCCACACAACUGAACCAACAAUAUUAUCAUAUUCAGCCAUACAUAUCUGCCUGCACAUAUCCCUACGUCUAUUGCUAUACCUGACUCCUUUUGAUGUACAUAUGUAUAUUUUGGUCAUGUGCAGCACGAAUUCCUUAAUCGGGAUUUUUAUAGUCAACAUUACAUCAUUUUACGCCCGAAAAAUUGGCUUUAUUUUUUUUAAAUAGUUUUGAAAAACUCUUUUUAAAAAUAUUAAAUAAUUAAAUUAUAAUACAUAAACAAAAACCACGAUGUCGUGUUUUAAUUUUAUUAUCAUGAAGGUUAAUGGCGCAGAUGUCAGCAAUUUACCAUACGAAGAUGCAGUUCAAUUAUUUUUAAACGCCGAAGAACCAAUUAUCGUAGAAGUCCGCAGAAAAUGCCUGAGCGAAAACAAUAAAUUGAGCUUCUUCAACUAUGAUGAUGAUUCUCCGUACAAAUCGCCAACUUUGGCCGUAAUAGCGUCCUCAUCAUCGGCGUCCACAUCAAAUUCUCCAUUGCUCCCCCAUUUUCGAAAGGAUAAUAUUGAUGCUGUACCUUUAUCACCAAAUAAACAAAAGCCAGCUUUUGCAUCGGUUUCGUGUCAAACUGAUUUAAGUACUUUUGAUGAUGAAUUCAAUGAAGUUAUAUUCAUGAAUGAUGAUGAUUCGAAGAGUGGAGUAUUUUAUCGGAGAAAAUCUAAACCAACAACAAUAAUGGAUGUCAUGGCAGACAAUGUUGAUGAUUAUCUAAAGACCGAAUUCGAUUUUGAGGAAAUCACUUUAAAAAAAUCAAGAAGUGCUGAAAAUCUUGGAUUUACCAUUAGUUACAGCACCGAUGAUUUCUUGGCAUCUAAUUCUGGUUCAGAUGAAAAUGACGACGAUGGUGGAUGCAUCAAGGAGGACAUAAAAUUAAAAUACGACAAGGACAAGGAGUACAAUUUGUUAAAUGAAAAAUGUGCUCCCAGGUUUAAGAUUUAUGUAAGUGACAUUGUGCCGAAUAGUUUAGCAGAUCAAGAUGGACGAUUACGUCAGGGCGAUCGAAUACUUCAAAUUAAUGGACAAAAUGUACUCGAGAAAAUUGAUCCCGAUAGUUUAUUGACUGAGAAUAAAUAUUCAGUAAAAAUUUUGGUUAGUCGAUAUGCUUUUGCUGGUGAUGAUGAUUUUCUUGACUCAGCUGUAUAUUGUGAUGAUAAAGAAUGCCAAUUAGAUAAACUCGUAUCAUCAAAUGAAUACGAAUGCGAACAAAACAGCUUUUCCUCGUCGGCAAAAUCAUCAUGGAUGAUACCAUCAAAGCAUGGUCAAGCGCUUCCCCACUCAUCAGCAACUUUCACCGGUAAAACUAGCUCCGUCAAUACUUGCAACACAGCAUGUCAAAUUUUACCAUCUAUUGCAACAGAAAAUGUUUGCGACAUUUUCAGUCAUUCUAACAUUAAAGACCAACUGGAAACUGUUAGUAAGGAAAUUACCUUGCUGAAUUCGCAAAUUUCAGUAAUGAAACAAUUGCAAACAGAAACUUCGAUGUCUUCGGAUAAACACCAUCAGCAGCAGCAGCAAAUGUCAUCGUCAUCUUGUUCGCCAAAAAAAGUCAAAAAGAAAACCCUUAAGAAUUAUAAUAACUAUCCAACUGAAUGCAAAGCUUCAAUGCCCCGAGAACCUACUGUCAAGGGUUCACCAGAUGCUGUGGAACACAUAUAUGAAACCAUCCUAGAGGAUGGAGAAUCAGAUGUUUAUUAUUGCUCACCUUUUGAGGGCAUUAAUGAGCGGCGUGUUGAAGAAUGGCUCAAAUCUAUAGGAUGCCCGAAUUCAAAUAUUCACUGCAGUAUUAAGGAAAGAGGUCGAACAGAAAUUGAACCAAUAAGUGUUCGUUUGCAGAAGCACAACGAACCCAUUUUGGACGAUUACGAUAAUAGUUCAAGUGCUUAUAACACUGGUGGAUCAUGUAGCAGCGCAUUCUUAGCAUUUGAAACCAAACCCAGCACAGGUUCACAGAACGAUUGUCAGAAUUAUCGGGCUUUGGUAACAAAAUCUUUUAGUAAAACACAAUCAAAUCAAUUUAGCAGUGUUUGUCGAAAACCCGAUUUCGCAAUUAAUAAUAAAUGUCAAACUGAUGCAGGUCGAACCAAAAAACCGUCCACCGUUAUUUCCGAUGACAACCCAUCGAAAAACACCGAUUCUAAGGCUACUGCUGCUUCUGUUGCUGCUGCCGAUAGUGAUGGACAUUCAACAUUAGUGGCUAGAUCAAGUGUUUACAGAAUGUGUCAAUCAAAAGCCAUAGAAGAAUACAAAGAAAAGGAUAAGUCCGAAAUGGUUUGGAAAGUAAAACGACGUCCCGAUGGUUCUAGAUACAUUGUUCGUCGAGUUAUCAAGAAACACUCAAUAACAGAAAAUACUGAAAAUUCAGCCAUUCAUCAAGAGUCAGCUUCUGCAAUUGACAUAGAUUAUAAAAGACAGUUAUAUAGAGUAAAAGAGCGUAGUCGAACUCGACAUCAUAAGGCCCCCACAAUCCCGUCCAAGGAAAAACCUCAUUCUCAGCACUGGUUAGUGUAGAUUAACAUUAAGGUAGAUAGGCAUACCUAUCUACAGAAACGAAUACACGUUGCAGCAACCCCUUUAAAUUGCACCAAUAACUUUUUUGUUUAGUAAUUGAAACCGUUGCGUCGAAACGACAAAAAGACUGAUAUUAUAUAAAAUAUAAUUAUUAUAAUAAUUAAUAACACUGCCUUCUACCGAUUCUUAUGUUAAUUAUCAAAUCAACAUUAUCUUAAGAGUAAACUAAUGGACAGUAAAAUUCUUAAUUAAUUUAUUUUAUAUUUAAUUAUUCUGAAUAUAAAUAAAAU